CACACGUUUUGAACAUUUCUAAAGCACCAAUGCUGGACUUCAAAAGCCCAUCAGAUCUGCAAUAGAGAAGUAUGGCUGGAAGCGGCAAUCUCCCCGUGCUCGUUCUUCUUCUGUUGGCCUCGUUAUCCUCUGCUCAAGGUGGUGUCGUCGAGGUUUGCAAUGGUGACCUCACCUAUACCGAUUGCAGCAACUGCUGUAGUCUGAAGAAAGGUUGUGUCUAUCUGCAACCUGGUUCAGGACAAGUCACUUGCAUUGGCGGUGAUUCAAGGGCUUGUACCCGGGAGUGCCAAGGUCCGAAGUUGGCCGUAUGCCCAUUGCCUUCAUCAGGAUUCCCAACAUCAGGCAUCAAGGUGCUCAAGGGAAAACUCCCACCCCGACAACCUGGAUGCGGUUACUACAACAUCGUUAACGGUGACCCCAUCCCGCGGCUGGAGCAGCAGGGCACAGAUCAAGGAAGGAAGUGUAAGCUUGAUUCGAUUGUGGAGGUCUGCAAUGCCGAGGUCUCCAAAGAUAACUGUGGUUGCUGCUUCGGGAAAUCCGGUUGCAUCUACUUGGAGAAUCCAUCCGCAAACAGCACCUGCCUGCCUACUGAAGACCCCAUGGGGGUUUGCGCCCUCGUUUGCCUGCCCAGAGUGUCCAUUUGUGCCAAGUCUGUAACUUUUCAGGGCACCACCCUGCAGUCUUGCAGGAAUGCACGCCGCAGCUGCGAGGACAUGAAAGAGGGCUGCAAUCUCUACGUUUGCAACACUGGAGCUGAUAUUUGUUUUUGUGCUGAGACUGGGCAUUGUUCCCGCAUUUUACCGGUGAAUCUUCGCAAAGCAAGCCACUAUCUAAUGCCAAUUUGGCAUUAG